UUCUGUACAGGGACUUCUGCAACCGAAACUAUCAGCGAGUGAGGCGCUAUAGAGCUCGCCAGGCGCUCCAGACUGGACCCUGCACAACCUCAUCCGCUCCCAUGUGAAGCCCAUUCCGCUUUAAUCCAUCUUCACCUCCUCCUUAUAACUGCAGCUUUCUCCUCCUAUAGUUACUGAGCCGUUUUGCGGUGCCGCGGGCAAAAAUGUCUGAUUUUGAAGAGUUCGAGAAACAGCUGAGCGAAAAUCGGCAAGGUAAUAUGUUUUCCAUGAAAGAGAGAGAGAAGGAGAAGCACAGGAAAAGGAGCCGGAGUGGCUCACCAAGUCGUGGUGAGAAACAUCACAGCCGAGAGAAACGCAAAAGCCGUGAUUGCCGGAGCAGCUCCAGAGAUCAUAAAAAACACAGAUUCUGUCACUUGUCAGAUGUUGGCCAGCAAUUUCUUUUUGUCUUGUUCAGUCAUUCUCCACGGAGAACAAGAAAGAAAAAGGCAUACAAAUACUGGGAUGUUCCAGCGCCAGGAUUUGAACACAUCACACCACUGCAGUACAAGGCUAUGCAAGCUGCUGGGCAGAUCCCCACCAUAGCUCUGCUGGCUACAUCCAAUACGGCAGGAAUGGCUGUGACACCAGCGCAGGUGCCCGCUGCUGGCAGCCAAAUGACCAGACAAGCCCGACGUCUGUAUGUUGGCAACAUACCAUUUGGAGUCACUGAGGAGUCAAUGGCAGAGUUCUUUAAUACUCAAAUGAGAUUUGUUGGACUUUCACAAACACCAAGCAACCCUGUGCUUGCUGUGCAGAUCAAUCAGGAUAAGAACUUCGCCUUCCUUGAGUUUCGAUCUGUAGAUGAAACCACACAGGCCAUGGCAUUUGACGGAAUCAACUUUCAGGGGCAGGCACUGAAGAUCCGCCGACCUCAUGACUAUCGACCUCUGCCUGGUAUUUCUGAGCAGCCUGCUUUCCAUGUACCAGGAGUUGUAUCCACAGUUGUACCAGACUCUCCCAAUAAACUCUUCAUUGGAGGUUUGCCCAACUAUCUUAAUGAUGAUCAGGUUAAGGAGCUUUUGACAUCAUUUGGACCACUCAAAGCCUUCAACCUUGUCAAAGACAGUGCUACAUCACUGUCCAAGGGCUAUGCUUUCUGUGAAUACGUGGAGAUUGGUGCCACUGACCAGGCAGUUGCAGGGCUGAAUGGAAUGCAGCUUGGUGAUAAAAAGCUCAUCGUCCAGCGUGCCAGUGUCGGGGCAAAGAAUGCAAAUCCAACUGUGAUCACAGAGAGUCCGGUGAGCCUGCAAGUGCCCGGGCUGCAGAGGCUGCAGAACUCGGCCAUGCCCACCGCAGUGCUGUGCCUCCUCAACAUGGUGCUGCCUGAGGAGCUGCUUGACGAUGAUGACUAUGAAGAGAUCCUGGAGGACGUCAGGGAGGAGUGCUGUAAAUACGGCAGCGUGCGAUCCAUUGAGAUACCUCGACCUGUCCAUGGAGUGGAAGUGCCUGGCUGUGGGAAGAUAUUUGUGGAGUACGGAUCAGCAGCAGACUGUCAGAAGGCCAUGCAAGCUCUGACUGGACGAAAGUUUGCUAAUCGUGUUGUGGUCACCAAGUACUACGAUCCAGACUUGUACCACAGACAUGAAUUCUGAAAGUGCAAGGAAGAAGAGGGAUGUUCGAGUUAUAGUUUCUGACAAAUUGACUGUUUUUUCUUUUACUGGUUUUUCUUUUACUGUUGUGCAGUUUUUUUAUUACCUACAAAGCUGUUGUGAGUAGACCAAUGUAUAGAUUUUUGAGCAACAUUACAUCAUAAAUAACUACAAAAUAUUUUCACAAAAAUGCUUUUAGCAUUCAUCAUUUAACAUUAACAAGACAAAAUAUAUGAUCUAAGUAUGCAGAUCUAUGUAUCUAGCUAGCUAUUUUUUAUAUUUAUUUACAGUGAAUGAAUUUUAUUUACAGAAGACAAAUAAUUAAAUGGUUAACUUAUGUGUAUAGCUUCACACUCAAGCUUAUUGUGUAAUCUGGGCCUGUAUUCAUCAAGUCUCUCAGAAUCUCUCUUAAAGGAGUGUUUAUUGUGAAUGGCAAAGAAAUACAUAAGUGAAUGACGUGAGAUGCUGUAAGUGCAUGUAACAGUAUUUGCUUGUUCUAUACUUAUUGUUACCUGAUCAUCCCUGCUGUACCGGUGCAUAUUCUCUGCUCCUAAAUAUGCAAUGUGGCAAUCAUUUUAAGCUCUACUGACAGCACAUAAAAUCCAAGAUCUGUCCAAACAGCUUAACCCACUCAUUAACCUUUAGGCUAUCUGGAACAUUUUGUGUGUCCUCUGCAUCUGACUGCAGUCAUUUUGUCAAAUGUUAACAGUUCUCCCUAUUAGUGAUCUUGAUGAACAUUUUAGUCUAAGAAUCAGUCACUAAUUUUCAAGCAGUUAUGACUGAUUUCCUACUAUAAGAGGCUUGGUGAAUAAAGACUCAGAUCUCUAAUGCGGUAAAUACCUUCAGUUUGAAUUUAGAUUAAAACCUGGUGUGAUUCAUUUGUAGUUCAAGUGAAUAAUGACACUGUUAUCCCAAGAAAUAUGUUAGAUAAAACAUUUGCUGCUUCUUAUCUAAUGGUAAGGCAAAAAGAAGUAUGUUGUAUGAGUAUUUAAAAACUACUAACGGUGUAAAUAUUGUACUACAGGAAGAUAUACAAAUAUAUGAGUUUGUGUGAGAAAGAGUAAUUGUAUAUAAUUCUGUUCUAUUUAUACUAUUUAUCUGUAUUUAUUAUGAGUAUUUUGCACCUUACUUUAAAUCAGAUUCCAGACGUACACAAUUUAGGCAAAAGUCGAGCUGUGAUUUUGUUGUGUAACUGUAGAAAUGCUUCUGUGAGGUUAGGAAUGUAUCUGGAUUUGAGCUGGUUUAAGUGAACACUCUUGUUUUACAGACAUUUUAGGACUACUAGGAGCUGCAACAGAGAAACCCAAGCAGUUUCCACCCUCAUAUUAUACAUCAUGUUUGAACUCGUAUGCUACGUUUACGCCAAUAAUAUUACACAAAUAAAAUUAAAAUCUACAAAUGUAAAAAAUCAUUUCACAACAGAACUGUUCCAAACUUAACCAAUGCUUAGUUUUGUAAAGUGAAACCUGCAACUGGGUUGGCUGCAAUAAAAGAUUGUACUCUGCAAUACAUCAGUCUUCUGUUUUAAUUAAGUACAUCAGAUGUUGAGUAUGGAGAGUUUUUUUUAUUUAUUUA